AUGUCCCGCGCAUCAAAAGCAACAUUGGCCGUCACCGGUCUCGGCACAGCGGGCAUCAUCUAUUUCGUCCACUGGGCGCAGGAAAAUGACAGGGCGGCUAUGCACAGGGGCGUCGAGCGUGAUAUGGCAAACACCGCAGAGAAACAGCGCAUUCGACUGGAGCGCCAAGCCGAGUUUGAAAUGCAAAAGGCCCUCGAGCAAGAGUAUCUCAAGCUCCAAACAGUGCACAGCACAACCGACGAUCCCAAUACUACAGGAAAACCCUCGAGUCCGGGGUCAUGA